AUGGCUCAGCAUUACAACCUAACCUCUCUCUUCCUGCUCACAUUUAUCUACUUUAUGCAAUACCACAUGAUAACUACUGCAACUGCACGUCGCCUUCUAGAGACGCCUCUUCUUGAAAUUCCUAAACCAGAAUUCUCGAAAGCUCCAACCUUGCAAAAGCAUGUGUCAAAGCCCGAAAUUCCAAAUUGGACAAAGCCGGAGAUCCCCGCUGGCCCAAAGCCUGAUGGCCCGACAGCUUCAAAGCCCGAGUUUCCAUGUUGGCCAAAGCCCAAGCUUCCAUCUUGGCCAAAGCCUAAGGUCCCAGCUGCGCCGAAGCCUGAAAUCCCAAGUAUGCCAAAGCCAGAGCUUCCAUCAUGGCCAAAGCCUGAGAAACCUGCUACUCUAAAGCCUGAGUUUCCAAGUUGGCCGAAGCCCGAGCUUCCAUCUUGGCCAAAGCCUGAGGACCCAGCUGCGCCGAAGCCUGAAAUUCCAAGUGUGCCAAAGCCCGAGAAACCUGCUGCUCCAAAGCCGGAGUUCCCAAGUUGGCCAAAGCCUGAGGUCCCAGCUGCACCAAAGCCCCAGCUUCCAUCUUGGCCAAGGCCUGAAGUCCCAGCUACGCCGAAGCCCGAGCUUCCAUCUUGGCCAAAGCCUGAGGUCCCAAGUGCACCGAAGCCUGAGCUUCCAUCUUGGCCAAAGCCCGAGAAACCUGCUGCUCCAAAGCCCGAAUUUCCAAGUUGGCCAAAGCCCGAGCUUCCAUCUUGGCCAAAGCCCGAGAAACCUGCUACUCCAAAGCCCGAGUUUCCAAGUUGGCCAAAGCCUGAGCUUCCAUCUUGGCCAAAGCCUGAGGUACCAGCUGCGGCGAAGCCUACAAAGCCUGAGCUUCCAUCUUGGCCAAAGCCUAAGACACCUGCUGCUCCAAAGCCAGAGUUUCCAAGUUGGCCAAAGCCUGAAAUCCCAAGUAUGCCAAAGCCCGAGCUUCCAUCUUGGCCGAAGCCUGAGGUCCCAGCUGCGUCAAAGCCCGAGCUUCCAAGUUGGCCAAAACCUACUCUUUCUCCACCACACAAACCCGCUACUCCUUGA